AUCUUUAGAGCUCAGUUGGUAUUCACCUUAAUGUAGGAAGUGAGAGUCACAUAUCAGUGGUUGACCAAGGGCCAUGUCCACAUCUCGGCACUUAACUACACUACACCACAUUGGAGCAUACUAGAUAUUAAAUCCUGCAAAGAUCACACAGAUUGUCCUCAACCAGGCUGAGUGGUCUGUAUUUUCCUUUUUUUCCUCCACCUUAAAAAAAUCCCUGUAGAUAACUCUGGUCCCUCAAUGUGAUGGCAGCCUUGGACUUUAGCCUCCAUCCAGUUAUACUUAUUUAGAAUAUUCUGCUUGUGUUGGUCUUAUUUUUUCAUCACCUCCAUCUGUGUUGAGAACUAGUAAAACAUUUAUGAGACCUGAGAGGUGCUCAGGAGCCAUUAGGAGCAUACUUCAACAUGAAGAUCUUUGAUGGCAACUUCUAGAUUAUUGUUACUGUUCCAUCUCAAAUAUAAUGUGUUAUUUCUUAAUGUUCUAAUUUGGACCACAAUUGUGUUCCACAGUUACCCUUUAAACAGUACUGAAGGCCCGCCGUUUCACAUUGAAGAAAAUGGUGGAACGUCAUAUACUACAAAAAUAACAGCAAGACAUCACCACCACCAUCACCACCAUCUUCAUUAUGGAGGACUUGUGCCACCGGAUAGCAAGGAUUCUGUACCUAUCAUUCCGAGCCCAAAUAGAACUCCUCGCCAAAAGAUGGAAGUCGAGACUGUGAAAGUAGUAGGACCAUGGCCAGCUCUGCAUAUCAGCAUCAAUAAGAGUGAAAAUAAGAAAACCUCAGAGAGGAACUUUCAUCAUCAUCUGUUGUCGUCACCCUCCUCUGUACCUGAACAUUUGAAAUGCAACAUCCUUAAAGCGCAAGUGGAAGCAACUUUUCGAGGGAAUGCUCAGAGUGAAAAAGAAGAAACUUCCUCAGCAAAUCCUCCCAAGAUUUCCAGUCUUCAUGAACCUAAUGGCAG